GCAUUUCAAAAGUUUAAAAACGAAAAGCAUUUAAUAGUUGUGAACAAUGCUUCUCGUAUGUUUCUUAGAUUAAACGCGCUGGAAUCUUUUUGAGUAAUUAAAUCAACAAUACAUUCUCGCGCAAUGUAUUAUAAAACUUGCGAAAGAUUUUUAUUAUUUAAUUACUUCACGCUAAUACUUAGGGAAUAGCUUAUCAAUACAUUUACACAAUGCAUCUUUGCAUUGUGUAAAUGUAAGCAUUGUUUUUAACACGCAAAUAUAAACUCGCAAAACGCUCAAGGGAUUUAAUUAUAACAAAAAACAAAUGACUGCAGUCCUCCAACAAAGGUGUAAUAUUAGCGUGUACGUGGUAGAUUACAUUCAGACUGUACUGUAGCUUUACUAAAUUAUGUGUCUUUCUUCAAUAUUGCUGGUCCUACAAUUUCUAGCAGGUACUUUAAAGAUUCGGGAGACAUUCGCAUGUACCUGAAACGACAAAAAAAUCCUUAAUUAUUAAAAAGUUUAAACUCUCAAUCCCCUAAAGCCAUUUCUUGUACUAAAGUAUGAUAGACACUGUGUUCUUCUCUUUGCCUGUAAAUUUCUCUAACCCAAAGUGAUCUGUUCUUUCGUUUCCUUUCAGCUAUUCUACAGAAUCUUUGUUUCAAAAGUAAAUAGCUCAAAAAAAUCAAUGCUUCUUUACUAUCCAUAUUGCUUAAGUUUUUUGUGUAAGUGUGAACGGCUUGCAUUUUUCUUGCUUCACUCUUGCGUUCCCCUUAAAGCAGCUGCUACAGUGCAUCCGUAUUUCACGGCACAGACGCAGACACAAACAAGUGUGAAUCAGGAUUUACCGCAAACCAUGGUUCUCUAGUUCACCUAAUAUAACCGAGACAGAGAAACUACCUGUUUACUCAUCUCAUAAAGUUCUAUUUAAUUGUAAAUUAAUUAGAUUGUAAACUUCUUAUUUCAAGUAGUUAGUGUCCACAUAUUUUUUAUUUUGUAUUUAGAAUCUAAAACUCACUUAAUCCAAGGUGAAAAUGGUGGAAUGAUUUUGUUAUCAGAAAGAAGAAGUCAAAUCACUACUAAAGUUUGCAAUGCCACAGUAUUUAGCAAAAGAUUAUUUGUCAGAGUACCUAACAAGCAACCUACAAUUUUUAAAUCGAAAUUUGAUGACAACACCAGGUAAUUUAGAAAUCGUCUCUGAUUACAUCCAUAAAAGAAGGAACACAAACAAUUAUCAGCAAGAGUGCUUCUUUAAAGAUUUCAAGAAGGAACAAAUUGAUGUCUUCAAAUUUCCAUCAGAUUUCCAGGAUGCCCUUUUUACUCUGAAUUCUUCAACGUUGGAGAACGAACUGGAAACCUUUGGUACUGAAUGCAAGAAAAAAAAUGCAUUACCUGUUGAUUCUGUCUCAGAGUCUGAUUUGGGCAGUUUUAAGAAUCAUGGUGUGUUUGAUGAAGAGAUUUAUCAAAGUAUUAUUUCUCCAUCGUUAUGUUCAGCAGAAAUAAAAAGGUGUACAUCACCAAUCACAGAGUUGAUGAUGGAAGAAAUGGUAGAUUUCUGGCCUUCUUCAGACUUCCAGUCAAUUAAAAAAUUAACAAGGCGAUUAAGACCUGUUCGUGUGGUAGAUCCGUAUUCUAGUAUGAAGCCUGUCAAUCACCAACUAAUUGAGUCGGUUUUACCAGAACGAAGUGCACUAGACAGCAAUAUGAAUAUGAAAUUUCAAAAAAUUAUACUAGUUGAGGAUAGUCCUACUGAACUUCUGGAGGAAGUCUUCUCUGUUCCAAAACAAAAUGAGAAUGUUCCGAUCUUAAUUACAAUCCAGAGUCAGUUGUCUCUAAAAAAGCUUAAUGGUAUUGAGAAAAAAGAUUUUGAAAAACUUCAGAAGCUUUCAAACUACAACCAUUCUCAACUGGAAGUUAUCAAUGAUAUGACAAUGCAACCCAAAUCAACAGAUUAUUUCAAGCAUAUUCCACUUGAAGAUGAUAACAAGAUGUUGCUUGACUCUCCUUGUUCUGAUGUGUUGAACGUCUGCUGUAAGAAUUACAGUGAAGUUCCAAAUAUGUGUACAAAAGUAUCUAUCGACAAGAAUGAAAUGUCAGUCAUUUCGCCAUGUUCACAAGCAAAAAUAGAGAAAGAGUUGCAAGAAAGCGAGAAAGUGUUUGGUGAUUUACUUCUAAUGUUACUACCAGAGGAAAAAGUACCUGAUGAGCUUUAUUCAGGAACAAUCUCCAUUCCACCAAAAAAUUAUUUUCAAACAAGUGUUAUAGAUGAACAAUUGGAACUUGGUAUGGAUUGGGAUCCAAUGAGUCAUGCAUCACCCCAAAUGAAAUCUGCGUUUCAAUCUAUUGUUACAAAACAAAAGAAAAUUCAAGAUCACUUUCCUCUACUUCCGUCCCAAAAAAGUUUUUUAAAAACUGAUUUAAAAACGGAUGAAACCGAUUUCCAAUUGACCAACUGGAAAUUGGAAGAAAAUAAACUGCAAUCUCUCGCUUACAUUACGUCUUAUAAAAAACCUUCAGGUGGUAGGGAUAUUCCUAGCACUACUCAUGUUCAAGCACCUAAAAGAUACCAUAAACUGUACGUUGAAAAGCAAUCUCCUGCAGUACAAAAGUCAAGAAACAGAUUAAGUACAGAAAAAAAACAAGACUCAUUUGCAAGAAAGCCACCUACAACUUCUACACCAUACCAAUCCCCUCUGGAUUUAUUUAUGAUGCUACGAACUGGUCAGCUUCAAAGACCAACAGAUAAAGAAAAUAGAAAAGUGGCAAUUGUUACUCCAGUUUCCACUCUAAGUGUUGCAAAAGUUAGGCCAAUGAUGCAUCUUGAUUGCAACACCUCUGGGAAUACAAAGGCCAACCAAAUUAAAACAAAUACUCCUGAGAAACAGAACAGAAAGGCUUUCACACGUUCACAAGAAGCAGGCACAUCAGCAUCUCUAGAAGCAAAGAAAACUUUAAGCCCAGAAAUCAAGUCAAGUAAAACCUUGAAAGUCAUAAAUAUACAAGUAACAAAAGAGUUUCAAAGUAUUGUAAAUGCUAUAGAAAAAGACUCGGGAUCUUUGCUUAGAUUCCUUAAAGAAUCACAGUGCAUUAAUGAAGAUUUGAAAAUAUUGUCUGUCUCACCAGAUGUGACCAGGUUUCUAGUGAAAGAGGAGUUUAAAAAGAAAUGCACCGACACAUCAAGAGACAAACUACGAGGUGUUUUGUGUUUACAUGCUCUCGUGCAAGUUAUUGAUGUUCUGUUACAUUGUAACAUGGUGGCAGCAGGUGCUGUUUUGAAAUCCUACAACCAUGAACAUCAAAAUAUAUUACGAAAUUGUCUUGAGCCAAUGCGCAAAAAAAUAGCUUCUUUCCAUGCAACAAAUGAAAAAGAUGGAAUUUUCCAUGUGAAACUAACCAAAAUCCAACAAUUAAUUGAACACUGGAUUACCUUGGAUUGCAAUGUAAAAGUGAUCAUUAUUAUCCAACGUUAUUUUGAACUUAUUGCCCCAACCAUCCAGUGCUUCUUAUCAGGAAUAAAAGGGCUGGUCACUAAUUUAUACCCAAGCACUGAGGCAAGCCAAGAUGUUUAUAUUGAUACAUUUUAUAAAGCCAAUGUUAUAAUCGCGCAUGAAAAUGAAGACCUUCAGACAUGCCCAUGGGAGUAUUUUCAGUAUGUCAUUCAAUACGAGUAUAACAAAGAAUCUCACUGGCACGAAAUGAUUUAUCAAGGUAAUGACAGACUGCAUGAAUUCUGUGCCUUAAAUAUUGUAAUGGGCAGUACUGUAGUUGAAGAUGCUUGUAUGGAAUCAAUGAUGCCAGUUGAAAAGGAUAGAACAACCCACACUUUGCUGUGUACAAAAAAGAUUUCAAUGGAUAAAGAAUUGCUGGUUUGUUUGGAAAGUAAACAAAACAUUCAAGUAUUUGUAAAAAGUUACAGCCAGUUAAAAACACAAACUCCAUACACUUAUCAACCGGACAUACUGAUUGAUGAGCGCACUGGCAUAAGUAUCUUCAUUCUGAAUGACAUUCUUGAUGAUCUUAAUUGUGUUAAUGAAAUCAACAACACUAUCAUAUCAGUUGCAUUAAAGUGUUGCUCUUACUGCGUCAUCUUCUACAUUAGAAAUGGAAAAAGCUAUGAUGGUCACUGUAAAUUGAUUUCUUAUGUUGGCCAACUGGUUGCAAAAAUUAACAGCGACUUUGAUCAUGUUAAAUGCAAGAUGUUUUAUUCGUACUCAUCUCAACAACUGUCUGAAAUCAUUCGCAUGCAGUGUGACCUUGCUAUGGGAGCAUCAAAGGUUUGGACGAAGCAGCAAUGGUGUAACAGAACUUGGUUAUCUGAAGAUGUAUCGAAGCAUGAAAAUUUCUUGAUGUCAUAUCCUUUCUUCAACUCAUUUUGUGUGCAAGUAAUGCUGAACGAAGGUCUGCCAUUUAGAAGUUUAUUUCAAAUGCCCCUUGAAGAAUUAAAAUGUAAUUUUAAACGGAUACCAUAUUACGUUUUAAAGGCUUUUCACAAAGCUAAUGAAGUCAUGUCAUAUGCUAAUCUACCAUUACUAAAUGUGUCCUCUAUGGAAGGUUGCUUAUCACCCCAAAAUUAUGGAACAUCUUUCUCGAUUGAAGAGAUUAUUAGAGAAGAAAACAACCAACAAAAUGGACCAGCUUUUAUGUUAACAAAUAGGGACGAUUUGCCACGUACUGCUCAACAUAUUUCCCCUGUGUUACAGCCAAUUGAAGUUGACACUUCUAAAAUUGAUGAAAGGAUUGAUUUUGUGUGUCAUACUUGGGAUCAAUCACCAAACAGUGACGAAUCUGCAAAAUUUAAAAUAAGUCCUUACAAUGUUAUACACCCCAACACGUUGAACAAUUCAGCAGGAUCUGCUCAUAACAGGACAAAUUAUUAUCAAUAUGAGUUUAACCAACAGAAUGAUUUUAUCUCUGGAAGAAAUAGUGAUCAAAGCUUUAACACAGGACAAGGAAGUCAACUUUGUGAAUCAAGAAACCAAGAUAGAAAAAGAGAUUAUCCAUUGUUAAAUAACAUGACAUGCUUGUCUCAUAAUGAUGCAAGACAUAAUGUCAACAAUUUAAAAUUUCACCCAAGAUUCGAUUUUUAUCAAAACAAACAUACAUACCGAGGUAUCAUCAUAGAUGAUGAAAGUAACAAGCUACCAUUGUUGCAACAACCAAAACAUCAAAAGUAUGUUUCCACUCUCAACAAAGAGAAUAUACCACCAUCUCAACAAUAUCUGACCAAUUCAUUUGACCAAAGAAACAAUGGCAGAAGUGAAUUUAAUGAUAUGUAUCCAAUUCAACAGUCUUAUAUCCAAAAUCCGUCCACUAAUUUUGCAAGGGUAAACAAACAACCAUUUUCUAGCAAAGAAAGCAAUUAUGCAAGAGCUGUACUAAGAAAACCAGCGAAGGCCUUGCAACGUAUUUACCCUGAUCAGCCACAAGCGUUUGACUUAUCACAUUCAACACCAAGUUACAAAUCAAACCAAAAUAAAACCGUCAAGGCAUUUGAUAAAUAUGAAAUAUCUAACAGAAAGCAAAGAUGUACAGGGACACCCUCAUCUGUGUCGUUGUCAAGUAAAAGGAAAAGAAGAUUAACAUAUGAGAAAGUUCCUGGUUCACAUGGUGGUCAAACACGCCUAACAUUUUUGUAGAGGAUAGUUGGAAAGAAUUGAUGGAAUGGGUGAACAUUCUUUAGAAGAUUGUGACAUUAUAUAUAAUUAAUUUUCACAUUUUAUUCGAAUACUUAAAACAUUUUUGAAGGAGAACAACGUUUGUGUAAUAAGAGAAGUUACUGUAGUUUGCAUCGUAGCUAGUUAGUAAGCAUUUAAUAGUUGCUAUGAUGUUAGAAGUUCGUGUACUGCUAUCUUGUUGUUUAUUUGGAGAUUGAAAGUUUUUGACAAUUCCUAUAUAUAAAGUCUGUUGACAUUAGCAGUGAGCUUUGACAUUUUUGAAGCGUGUGAUUACUUCAUUGGUAUAAACUUUAAAAUUUAACCUUUAUUUCAAUAGUUUUCUAAGAUUGUAGUUAGAUGUUAUACAGGGUUGGUGUGUGUUAGUUGUAUGGCGUCUGUUAGAUCAAGAAAAUUAAGUAACAACAUACCUUCAAAAACAUUGAAGAAAGUCAGGGUUAUUCACUAAAAUUUUAAGAAACAAAGCUUAUACAUAUUUAAUAUGAGCAAUCUUUCUGGCAGAUGCUCUGUAGUUAUAUACACAGGCUUUUUUGAUAAGAAUAGUGUUUUAUUCGUUUCAGCCUAAAUAUUUUUAAUUUUUUAACCAAUAUCAGCCUCAUAUAUUCUUAAAACGUUCUUAGCAUGUCGAGAACAUUUUAUCAGCCUAAAUUAUAAUAAGCUUGCUAUAAUUUGAUUUAAUUUGUGGUGGACCUGUUAAGUGUUGAUUCGAACGGAUAAGGAAGGUCAGUUUUUAUCCAAUAAUGAGAUUUUGUGCAUGUUUCUACAGCAACAAGUGAAACAACUUGAGGGAACCAAGACUUUCUCUACCUUUCACAAACUAAGGCCUGACGCCCAGCAAAUGCAUAUUGUUUAUUCAAAAAAGGUGCAGAAAGCUAAUAAAUCCAGUGGAAAAUAUUAUUUGAUUAACACAUGUUUCUUGACUCGUUUCUCUAUUUAUGGAAGUAUUUCUUUUUAGCGUUAAUGUUCGUACAAGCUGGAAAUAUCAUAAGCUUCCCAGGAAUCGAGAAGGAGAGUUUUAAUAAGCACACUAGUUGUGAAUGUUUUUUGUUACAAAUUAGAGUUAUAAAAAAUUAAAAUAGAAUGGAAAUAAAACAUAAUUUAUUUAACUAUUUCUUGUCU